AGUUUCUCGCUCCGCCUUUUAGCCUCGCCUCGCGCUACUACUUCAUAGCCAUCAAUAAAUCUAUUUAAAAUAAAAGAAGAAGAAACAGAAAGCGACUCAUUAACCAUCUUUCUUCUGUGUGACAUCGCGUGAUCAUCGCACAGUAUCAUUGAAUACCUACUGUUUUGUUCGGUUGCUUUCUUUCUUCGUUUGUUCUCGCGCGCGAUUUCUCGCCAUAACCGUCUCGUUCUCAUUUCUAUUUUUAUAUUUUUUCAGAAGGUAUCGUUCGCACUCAACCUCUGCAUUCGUGUCCUCACGCGCGCCAUAUCACCUCCCGUGAAAAUACAUCCCCCUUAUUGUAGGUCACACUACUCUCGCCACGGCUCUCCUUCUGGUAUGUACAGCCCUAGCCGAGAAACCUAAGCCAAACUUUUUUUUCUAAGACGAUUGUCGCCUCAGUUUUCAUAAAGGAGAAGUUGAAUAAGAAAAAAGACUCUCCUCCUCGAUACAUAACAACACAAGCACACAACCUCUUUAAGACUCCUUCGCCCGAGGCCAUCUACCACUUUCAUCAUAGCCCUCGUCCUCGAUCCAUUCUCUUGCCUCAUCUCGUCUUCUCAGUGUUUGCUUUCCCCCCCCCCUUCUUCCUUUUCAGAGUCGCGCCAAUGGAAGCGUUGCUCAAGCACUGUUUAUACCCCCUGAAGGAGGAGUUGCAGAUCACCUGGGACGCCAUCCGCAGCACUCGUUUCAGCGUGGGACUCGUCUUCGCGAUCAUCUGCGUUCUCGAUGUCAUCGUUGGCAACGUGAUUCUGCUGAUCGCCAUCAACUUCUGGAUUCAAUCCUUCCCGACGGAGAACGCGGAGCACAACUCGAGUCAGAUCGCCAUCCAGGUCGUCUCCCUCUCCUUCCUCGUUCUCUUCUUUUCACUUUCCGCCGCGGUAUUCACGAUCUUUUACGGCGCUCUGCCGCUGUUGCACAUCCUGAUCGACACCAACCGUGUCGGCGGACCCUUGUACCGCUUCUUCCUCCUCUUCUGCUCGGGGCUGACGAACGGUGUCAGCAGUCUGCUCGGCGUGUACGCCAUGACGUACACCCCAGAGUUCAUUCAGGCUGUGCUGAUGUGCUGCAUUCCUUUCUUCGCGCAGGCGUGGACCGUCAUGUUCAUUCCGAUUGAGCGAAAGCGCAACUACCUGUCCAUGUUCUUCAUCGGCGCCUUUAUCCUCUUCGUGGCCGGCGUUCUCCUGUCCAGUCUCGGUGCCUUUUUGCACCCCUCAGCGACCGCCGGCGUGGCCUCGUGGGCGUGGGCGCUGCUGUACCUUGCCAGCUCCGUCAUUUUCGGCUUGUGGUGCGUCGUGCAGCGCCUGUACCUCGACGCCGUGAUGCUCAAGGAGACCACAGAGGAGGAGGAGUCGUACGUCGACGGUGCCCACUGCAGUGUGAAGGGAGGUCAGGCGAACGCCUUGAGCACGCAGCAGCCGCGCCGUGAGACGGACCACAACGUGGUGGUGGAGACCCAGCCGUCGACCGAGCCGGCGCGUGCGGGUCGCGAGGACAGCAGCGUGCCCGAGGACUCUACGAACGGCAAUGCGGUCAAGAAGGACGGCGUCACAGGCGCCAACGUGGACUCGCCGUACGGGGAGGAGGAGGCGCGUGACUCCGACGUCGAUGAGGAGGAGGUGCGGCUAACGGCGGAUGAGGAGCAGUUGGUGAAGCGGGAGUGGGCCAACCGGUCGGUGGACAGCAACGCAGCCAAGAUGGUUCUUCUGCUGGUCGGUUUGAUGUUCCAACUCAUUGUGUCAUUUGUGCUCUUUCCCGUGGACGCCAUUCCGUGGUUUGGCACGUCCGAUUCCGCGCAGCACGCCUGGGAUGGCUUCCGCUCCUCCGUCGACUUCAUCUUCGCCUCGUGGGAUAACAUUCGCUACGGCCUGCUCUUCUCCCUCGGCUACGCCAUGAGCUUCAUCGGCUGCACGUACCUGAACGAACACAGCCCAACGCUGGCCUCCGUGGUGCUGCAACUCGCGGGCCCGAUCACGUCCCUUGUCAUUAUCAUCAUUCCGCAGUGGAACGUGUACAAGAGCAGCAACAGCGUCGGCCAGCAGGUUGGUGGUGUGAUGCUGCUGCUGGCGGCGGCCCUGCUCUACCACCUGUGGGAGCAGCAGUCCAUGCGCCGGCUGGCGGCGAAGAUCGAGGAAGUGCAUCGCCGUCGUCAGCAGCAGCAGCAGCAGCAGCAACAGCAGCAACAGCAGCAGCAGCUGCAAGGCUCCGGUCAGAUUCGCGAGGAUUUUGUGGAAGCUCAGUGA